CUACAGCAUCGCGAGCGUCCGUCAUCUCGUUUCGACUUGACGCACUCCUGGCUGGCGUGCCUAUCGAUGUGGCAAGGCAGAGACGAAAAGCCUUCAACGGAAAAGGCGCGUGUUUGGUCAUUUGACGGCCAUCCCGAAUCACUUGAUUGCCGCAGAUCGUUACCAGUGCAUUCCGAGUGUUGGUUGCUAGACUGAUUUCGACAACGCCACAGCACUUACCAGUGAAUUCAAUGGUUGAGUGACAAGAUUCUUCUCCUCCCCACCCCGCCUUAGCGUGCCAGUAUGAAUGAGUUAGAUAGCUUACGACAAGAAGCCGAAGCUCUGAAGAAUGCCAUUCGGGACGCGAGGAAAUCAGCCUGCGACACGACGCUGGUCCAGGCGACGGCCAACAUGGAGGCGAUUGGUCGGAUCCAGAUGCGGACCAGGCGAACUUUACGUGGCCAUUUGGCCAAAAUUUACGCCAUGCACUGGGGCACGGAUUCUAGAAAUUUAGUCUCGGCAUCUCAGGAUGGCAAACUGAUCGUAUGGGAUUCAUACACGACAAACAAAGUGCACGCCAUACCUCUUCGUUCCAGUUGGGUCAUGACAUGCGCCUAUGCUCCAUCUGGGAAUUACGUCGCCUGUGGCGGCUUGGACAAUAUCUGCUCAAUAUACAGCCUGAAAACACGCGAAGGCAACGUUCGAGUCAGCCGGGAAUUGCCGGGACACACGGGCUAUCUGAGCUGCUGCCGUUUCCUGGACGAUAACCAAAUUGUCACCAGCUCGGGAGACAUGACUUGUGCUUUGUGGGACAUCGAAACGGGACAGCAAACAACGUCAUUUACCGGCCACACUGGUGACGUCAUGUCUCUCUCGCUGUCGCCUGACAUGCGCACAUUUGUGUCAGGAGCCUGUGAUGCUUCUGCCAAGCUUUGGGACGUCCGCGACGGAAUGUGUCGCCAGACUUUCUCUGGUCACGAAUCAGAUAUUAAUGCGAUAGGGUUCUUCCCCAACGGUUACGCUUUCGCCACUGGAUCGGACGACGCCACUUGUCGCCUGUUUGACAUCCGGGCCGAUCAAGAGCUGGCCAUGUAUUCGCACGACAACAUCAUCUGCGGCAUCACGUCUGUUGCUUUUUCCAAAUCUGGUCGCCUUCUAUUGGCUGGCUAUGAUGAUUUCAACUGCAACGUGUGGGACUCUAUGAGGACAGAACGAGCAGGUGUGUUAGCAGGCCAUGACAACCGCGUUAGUUGCUUGGGUGUGACGGAAGAUGGAAUGGCCGUGGCUACCGGAUCGUGGGAUAGUUUCCUGAAAAUUUGGAACUAACCUGUCCUCGUUUCGUGCAAUCACCCGCGUUGCGGCCUCACCCACUUUGCUAUCAAUCGCAGUUUCUAAUUUAUUGACACCUACUUGACGCACACAGCAGGAGAGAAGAGCAUGAUCCAUCAUAGAAAUCGCGGGAAA